AGGGUUUUCCUAAACUAUCCUGUUCCAUAAUUGGAGUCAGGUCGGGAUAUUGAAGUAAAGCUUCUGUUUGACAGGUCUAUGUUCUCAAUGUGUCUGCCCCUGGAUUUGGGGCUCAGGGGUGGAACCAGCUUGGCCGGGGUGUGUUACAGGAGAAAACCAGUCUCUGAAAGAAACGGCAAGACCAGAUGGGAGCUUGGGACUAGCUUGUCUCCCAGUCAAAUUAUAUUUGUGUCACUAGAUUCAGCUACACGACAGCAUAUAGCGAAGCCAGGCAGAUCUUUCUUUGGGGACAGUAAUUCUCCCAGCCAAGGUGCAAAAAAAAGUCGGUACUCACUUUUAAACGAGUUGCUUAAAUGAUAAGGGACAGAAACCUGGAAAGAAUAGUUUGACUACCUGAAUUGGCGUAACUACUCCUAACUGGUUCUCAAGAAGAUAAAGACAUGACAAAGUUUAGUUGCUGAGCAUGGAAUAAAGUAAGAUUCAAAUUGGAAAAAAGGAAUGAGGAGCUAGUUAGCCUCUGGAACCUCUUCCGAAUGGAUGCGGACAGAUCCUCCUUCACCUGGAGCCUCCAGGCUGCGACUGGCUGGCCUUCACUGUACAUCCAGCACCAGCAAACAGGCUUGAGGCUGUUCCAGACCAAGUGCAGCAGCUGCUUGAAGGCGAUCGCCCCCUCCGAGCUCAUCAUGCGGGUGCUGGAGAACGUCUACCACGUUCACUGCUUCUACUGCUGCGAGUGCGAGCGGCGCCUGCAGCGGGGAGACGAGUUUGUGCUCAAAGAAGGACAGCUGCUGUGCCGCAGUGACUAUGAGAAGGAGAAGGAGAUGCUGAGCGCUAUCAGCCCGGCACCCACCGAGUCCGUGAAAAGCGAGGACGAAGACGGCAGCCACUCGCACAGCAAAGGCAGCGAGGAGAGCAAAGACCACAAGCGCUCCAAGCGCCCGCGCACCAUCCUUACCACGCAGCAGCGACGGGCGUUCAAGGCUUCGUUUGAGGUUUCCUCAAAGCCUUGCAGAAAGGUGAGAGAGACCCUGGCAGCUGAGACGGGCUUGACUGUGCGGGUGGUACAGGUCUGGUUCCAGAACCAAAGAGCCAAGAUGAAGAAGAUUGCUCGCAGGCAACAACAACAGCAGCAGCAACAGCAGGAGCAAGACCAGUUGGGCAACCCUCGCUUAGGGACCGGGAGAGGGACCGGUCGCAACAGCAGGCAGAGCAACGACGACAGCGAAGACGGCGCGAGUGUUCACGGCCUGGAUGGGCUCAUGGUCCCCUACCCCAGGAUCCCCCAGCAGCAGCUGCUGCCCUUGGACCAGAACGGCUACAGCACAGAUUUGUACAGACAAGGGCUGACGCCGCCCCAGCUGCCAGGAGACCAUCUGCACCCCUACGACUCAGAAGGAGUUUUUCACGAUAUGGACAGUGACAGCAUCAGCCACCUGGGAGACUGCCUGCUGUCAACGGCCGAAGCCAACCUCCUCCAAGCCCGCGUGGGCAACCCCAUUGACCGACUCUACUCCAUGCAGAGCUCCUACUUCACGUCCUGACCAUAGAAAAGCUCCCAAUUCUUCACGAGUAUCUCGGAUGGAUGCUGCUUCAAAUUCAGAACAGGGGUGAGGGAGAAGAAACAAGACUGAGACCUUCAGAGACAUUCCUUGAGCACUGCACAACGGAGGAGGCAACUCGGUCCGCCACACAUAUAAGCACUAAUUCAUGGAGACCUUUCACAGCCUGAAGGACUUUCGAUCGCCUCUCUCCUUUUUUCUAGCCACGAGUAGAUCGAUGGUAUGAUGUUGUUUAGCUGUAACUUUAGCAGUUUGUCCAGUGUUUAAGCUUUUGAGCAUUAUGUCCUGCAAACAAAGACUGGCCGAGCUAACCAGAGCUGUCCCUAGAAGUAGGAGAUGCCCUUCCCACAAGAACUCAGUUUAUUUAAGUCUUGGUUGCAGCUCAGCUGCUCGCUGUGCUGUUUUGCCUCAUUUCCCAAUCCGGAUGCAGACUUCAUGGGACAAGAUUAAUUUUCAACAGUAAAAGCCAACGUCCUGAGGCAUCUCUAAAGGAUGCCACUGCUGCUUCAGAGAUUUUCUGUGUGGUUGUCGAUCAGUUGGCCCAGUUUUUUAACGUUUGACAUUUCAGAAACACACAGCAGUUUGGCCCCUGAUUGAAACGGCUAUGCUCUCUAUCUGCUUCAAGAAAGAACAGAAUAUUGAUCCUCUGGCAUGUUCCCCUGCCAAGUCACUUAACUUCCAGAGGCUACGUUUGGUUUUCACUUCGAGGGCAACCCAGGGGUGACAUCAGGACUCGGCCAAAAGAAAAGCAUGUCUCCGCUGUGGAUACAGGGGAAUAAUCCAUUUUCUCCAUCCAUCAUCGUGCCACGAGGCAGGCGAGUUAGGAGAAGCAGGUGGGCACCAAUGUGUGUACCCACAAAAAGGGCAAGAAAGAGAGAGCAGAGAAUGGAAGUCUGAAUUAUUACCAAAGGGAAAUUCUUUAUUCUCCUGCCUAGGACCCAAGUCUGGGAUUUUGUUCUUUAUAUACGUGAAGGAUAGCCGGUAUUCCUGGAAAGGUCAGGUUUUCCCAUGAGCCUGCUUACAGCAUGCCAGCUGAAGGAAUACGGUCCUCCAGAACUAACCUUCCCUUGCCUAUUUGAACUGAACAACUGGCAGACAACUCCAAAAGGAAAUAAUGACUUAUUUUUAAAUCUUGCAUCUCCAGAGUUGUGAGUCUAGCAGUGCAACCCGAGAACCUGGCUGACUGAUGUUUCUGUAUGUGGUGUUUUACUUCUAAGCCUCCACAGGCUUGUCAGUCUGAUUUUAAAGGUGUGUAGCCUCUCAAAUGAGGGGAGAAAAAAAAAAAAGAAAAAGGAAAAAAAACCCAAAGAAAUGGCUAAUUUUUGUUGUCUGCAGUUAUGGAGGAAGAUUCCCAGGAACUAAAAAAUCCUGGAUUUGGGGAUGAAAGGAGAUGCACUCCUGGCGCAUUCUGCUUUUUAUCAGGAAUUUUUCACCUUCUCAACUACUUACAGAGAACUGACAGAAAGAAUGACGUGUAGCAGAACCACAGCCCUUACAAAGAUCACUCCACCGUUGCUUCACCUUUAAUAAAGCUGUGUGAACGUGACACGUGCUGAUGUGCAGUCACUUCCCGUUGUGUUUACAG